AUGGCAGAGAACAACUUCUCAGCCGCUCUUUCAGCAUGGAAAGACAUCAAUCUCACAGAACUCCAAAAAGCACUCGACGCGCAAGGUGUUGAACUUGUAGAGAACCAGAAGGAAUCAGUGGUUGGAAGAAAAGCACUUGCAGACAAGACGAGAGAGUUUAAACGAUUACCGGACGAGGAGAAAUUAGUCGAAAUCAAAGUUCUGCUCAAAGCGUAUCAAACGGAAAUAGACAAUCUCACCAAGAGGACAAAGAGUGCAGAAACAGCAUUCUUGAAUGCGUACAAAAUUCUUGCAGAGGCUCCUGAUCCAUACCCAUUACUGGACGCCGCGGUGGAUCAGAUGGUCAAAGUCGGCGAAACAAAAGAGCUGGAAGAGGAGAUUCAGCGGUUGAAGAACGAUAAUGCGGAACUGCGGCGAAAAGUGGCAGAAUCUGCAAGCCUCGAGACUGCGAGAAAACGAGCGGAGGACAAGCUGGAAGCGCUUCAAAGCAAGAUGGAAGACGCGAUUCGCGAAAAGGUUGCCCAAAAGGAAAUCGAACUCAACGCGACUUACGAUGAACGCAUUCUCAACUAUGAAGAGAGAGAACGAGAUCUUCAAAGACAAGUUACCCUAGUCAAGGAUCAGCUCCGUGACCUAAGAUCAUCAAAUGAGUCGAAUCAAGCAAAACUCUUGAAUCAGACCCAACGGCAGGAUACCGAAGUCAUCUCCAAACUGGCGGAAAUGGACAUGAUCAUCUCAGAUUUGGAACGCGCAAACAGUCGAGUAGCUGCCGUCGAGCGCCGAAAUGAACUUCUUCGUGCAGAGAUUGAGGCUGUAAGGACCGGCCAGGAGACUGAGGAAAAGACGCAACAGUUGGAAUCAAAAGUCGCCGAGCUAGAGGCAGAAGUAGCUGGUCUCGUGCGGGCACUAGAAUCACAAAAAGCUGCCUCUGAAGAUGCCCAAGCUAGCUCUAAGAGGAGGCUCGCCGAAUUAAGUAAGGAACUGGCCCAAAGAUCAGGCGAGGUCGAAAACCUGAAGAACAAGAUGAAGCAGUACGUUGACUAUGAUGAGAUCAAAAGAGAACUCGAGAUUAUGAAGUACGUCGAAUUUGCGGGAGGAGAAGAAGAUCAAGACGUUCAACUCCCGGACCCAAACGCCUCCAAAGCAAAUCAACAACAAGCCAAAUCACUCGAAACGCUAUUGGCAGCGAAGAACCGCAAAAUGUUAGAAGAGCUCACGAGGUUUAGGGCAAGUAAACUAUAUCUUUCAGAAUGCUUCCUCAACUUCUCACAGGUGCUACACGCAGAACUGGAAGAGUCUUAUCGAACCACGACUGGCGAACUAGCUACAUGUCGUGCGGAAUUAGAGAAACAAAAGAUCCUCACGGAGAGACUAGAAAACGACAUCAUGCAUGUCGAUCGACACAUGGGUCAAGCCAAUGGAGAGCGACCGUCUGGGAGAUCGACGCCUUCUGCGUCUGCAGACGGUCUUUCUGGACUCAACCUGGGAUCGAAUCCUGAUCGGCCCGUUCGAUAUACGCCCAUUCCAUUUUCAUCUGCGGCGGACAGCUCAAUACUGCCCAUUGUCACCAGUCAGCGAGAUCGUUUCCGCCAGCGCAAUGCAGAGCUCGAAGAGGAACUUCGCAAGCAAUUCGAAACCAUCUCGGAACUGAGAACGGAUAUUAAGACAUUACAGAGUGAUAAUCUCAAACUAUACGAAAAGAUCCGUUAUAUGCAGAGCUACCAGGGUGAAAGUUCCAUACUGCCCGGCCCGACUGGCGCUCCUGGAACUUCAUAUUCACGAGCAGAACCAACUCUUGCGAGGAAUGAUGGGCUCCACAAGUAUAAGAGUCUUUACGAGCAAAAUAUGAAUCCAUUUGAAGCGUUCCGCGGGCGGGAAGCGGCUCGAGCUGUUCAGGCGUUGAAUCCUUUGGAACGCGGCGUGUUGACGUUGACGCAGGCGAUCUUGGGCAACCGCCGCACGCGGCUACCAUCAAAAGUAGACUCCCUCGCCUUUGCAUGGCGAGAUCCUAGCGGAGAAUGUGCGCCAGACAAUCUCGACAGUCUGCGACUUUUCAGUGCAGGUGGUGGAAGUGAAUUGACAGAAUGGGAUUUAGUUCGUUGCUCCGCCCGACGGUCGCUGCCUUCUCAAGGCGGUUCGAUAUGGUCCAUCGCUGUCAAUCCGACUUCCACCGCAUUGGCGUUGGGCUGCGAAGACGGUUGUGUCCGUAUGGUGUCUUUGGAGGACGAUUCUUUCGUACUACAUCGUAAAUUUGAUCGCGUCAAAGCCAAAAUUCUUAGUAUUGCCUGGGGACCACCGACGAGGCGUGCUAAGACUUCUAUGGCUGGAAGCGAUGUAGAAAGUGACGACGAAGAUGCUUGGGUGGAUCAGUGGCUUGUGACAGGCUGUUCUGAUAGCAGUCUACGCAAGUGGGACGUUCGAUCAGGGCGCAUGGUGGACCGAAUGAGCACUGACAAGACACGAAGUGAAAAGACGCUUGUAUGGGCUGUUGGAGUGCUCGGUGACGGUAAAAUCAUUUCUGGCGACUCGAUGGGCAUGGUCAAGUUUUGGGAUUCCCGCACAUGUACUCAAUUGCACUCAUACACAUCUCACGGAGCAGACGUACUAUGCAUGGCAAUCAAUCAUUGGAGCAACGCUGUUUACACGUCUGGUGUUGACCAAAAGGUGGCUGAAUUCCUGCCCGUCGAGAUUUCCGCUGGCAAGCCAUCUAUUCUCUCCAGUGGCAAACAAAACCGUUGGAUUCAAUCGAAAGCACGGCGACUGCAUUCUCACGAUGUGCGUGCACUCGCAAUAUGGCCCCCACAGUCUCUCUUCCCUGCCGCUGCUAGCGCAAAAUCCAACGCUGUAACUGGUGAUAUACCGCCGCUACUUGUCUCUGCGGGCCUCGACAUGUCCCCAGUCACCAUUCCCUGCGCGCCACCAAAUCAGAAUCCGUCCAAAUACGCCAAUCCUUUUGGGAAAAGCAAUCUUGCGACAUUUGAAGAAGCAUACUGCUCUAGAGCGCCAUUCACGCGCUCUGUUAUAGCCGUUGCGGGACAUGCACGUUUAGUAGCGUGUCGGAACGACUCGAGAGUGUCUGUGUGGCGAAUUAAAGAGCCCCCGAACGAAGUUGACGAGGAGGUGAUGAAAGAAAUCCCGGAUGGCUGGGUAAAGCUCUUGGACUUGCAACUCAAUACGGCGACGACAUUGUCUGCUCUUGCAUUAUCGGCAGAUGGCCGAUGGUUGGCGGUGGCUGACGCGAACGAGGUGAAACUUUUCCUACUUCGCAAGGAUGGCAGUACCCUUCAGCCCAAACGUAUCAAAACCAUUGCAACCAUUAUCAAGGACUCAUUGCCAUCAUCCUGUUCAGGAGGCGCGACCUCGCUCAUCUUUUCGCCCGACUCGAGCAAACUCAUCGUUGGCCUUGCCCAGAGUGGCUACGUCGUCGUUCUCUCCCUCGACACGAGAUCGAAUCCUCUCGUUUUGCGCGUAUUUGAUCAGCACCGACAUCUCGACUCGCGCACUCGUCUGCUCAAGCCUCUGAGCACGUCCUCCAGCAUGGACAUUGAUGAUGCGGACGAGCAGAAUCUGAUCGUGACGCACAUUAGCAACUUAGCCACCAGCCUGGAUGGACAAUGGCUCGCAUCGAGCGAUGUGCUAGGGAGAAUAAACGUGUUCAAUCUCGAUGCGUUGCACUUCCACUGCGCACUACCCACCUUCCCCUAUCCAAUAUCCGCAUUGGCGUUUGACGCAUUCUCGUCGAGAUAUCUAGUGGUUGCGACGCCGGACAACGCCAUAAGGGUAUAUGAUGUCGAGAGGCGGCUGUUCCCUGAGUGGCAGCGAGAAAUGUCACGGCUCGUCUCCAAAAAGCUCGGGACUCAGCGCAUAUCUAUCAUGGGCCUCCAGUUUUUGCCAAUCGCCACGAAUUCAGACAGAGCCCAGUCGCCAACGAAGCGAAGUCCGUUGGAGUAUCAGACCAUUGUUAUGUGGGGGCCGACGUGGAUCUGUCGGUUCAGGAUGCAUACAAGUUCGCUCGGGGUCUCGGGCGGGACGCACGGGUCGUCGAAGCGCAAGCGAGACGAGGAUCAUCCAGAUUCGCAAGAUGAGAACGAACAAGGAGACAGCGACGAAGAAAAUGUGAUGGGAGAAGACGAGGAUGAAGGCAAAAAGGACAAUGAGAAAAAGGGCAGGCCAUUCGAGAACAAGACGCUAUCUCGCAUGGCACUCACAAUGACGGACAAGUAUCGCAAUCUACUUGGCGUUCAGUUUCUGAACGCGGAGGAGAUGAUCGUGGUAGAAAGGCCGUUGCUUGACGUGCUGAGUACGCUCCCGCCUGCGUACUUCAAGCCCAAGUAUGGCUCGUAA